CAACUAUCACUACAAAAAAAUUAGGAUUUAACGAGGGUUAUUUAGCUGGGGUUAUCAUAACCUCUAGAAAUGUAUGAAAUUAUCAAGGGUUUUAUUAACCUUAGUUAAGUUUCAGUGGUUUAUACUAAAACCCCAAGUAAAUAGAUGGAUUUAUUAUGAACCCCCGUAACAUUUAGAUAUUUUUUAUUUAAUUUAAUUUAUUCAUUAAAAAUUAUGAUUCCCACCUUUUUGUUUUUAAUUAUUUUUCAUUUCCCCCCUUUUUUUUUAUCAAUUCAAUCAUUUUUCCCAGCCCCUUCAAAUCGCGCGUAACCCUAUUUUUCCCUUUCUCCCUUUCGUUCUCUUCUCCACUUUCGUUCUCUUCUCCUUCCCUCUCCUCAGCUUCGGCACCGGCACCGCCGCCCGCCUCCUCCUCAAUCUCCAUCCCGUCGCCGUCCUCCACGUCUGGGAGCUCGACCCCGUCGUCCUCCAGGUCGCCCGCAAGUAUUUCAACCGUCGCUGUCCAUAAGGAGCGUCUCUUCAUCUACGUCGAGAACGCGCUCGACGCCGCUGUUCUCCCAAGCCCAUUGUUCAGGCUGCACAACGCUCUACUGUUCAGGACAACUGCUUGCACAACCUUUUGCUGUUCCAAGAACGUUCUACUAUUUGUGCUAAGUUUGAAGUUCACUCUCAAGCUCAUGUACAAUAUGUCUUCAAAUCACUUAACACAAAAUGGAGUGACCAUAGGCAACAAUUAUGGAACCAAAGGAAUGAUGGAACACGUACUAGAGAUGAAUUGAUUGCAAUGGUUCCAACAGGAAUAAAUACAGAUCAUUGGGCUUCUUAUGUUGACUAUCGUCUAACUUCAAAAAUGAAGGAAAUUUCCCAAAAAAAUAAGGAUAAUAGAAAGAGGCAAGCAUUUCCUCACACUGGUGGAUCCAAGAGCAUUGCAAGAAAGAGACAUGAGAUGGAACAAGAGUGUGGUCGUAAAGUUAGUAGAGGAGAAGUAUGGAUAACAACACAUAAACAUGCUAAUGGAGAAUUUGUAAAUGAUGAAGCAAGAGAAAUUAGUGAAAAAAUUAAAGCAUAUGAAUCAGAUGCACCAUCAUUUUCACAAGACAUAUCAACUCAAGAUUCUCUAGCACAUGCUCUAGGAAGUCAAGAACAUUGUGGACGUGUUCGAGGGAUGGGAUUGGGACCUUGCCCAUCUCGCUUGUUUGGAUACACUAGGCAUUCUCAUAGUGGGAUGGCUUCAUCUUCUUCUUAUAGACAAUUGCAAAAUGAGGUCACUGCCUUGAAAUCACAAUUGGAUGAACAAAAUAAAAAAUUUGAGACAAUGUUUAACUUUUUUGCGCAAAAUUAUCAAGGUCAAUUGCCCCCCAAUAUGGCAAUGUUUCAUCCUUCACCGGUUUCUGAUCAAGGAAGCGUACCAACUAAUGAAACAAAUUCUCAACAUGGAGAUGAACAUAUUUGAUAGUUGAUGAUGAGCAUACUAAUUUGCAGAUGAUUUUCUUUUAUUUUUGGAAAUUUGAUAGAACAUAUUGUACUAGUUUGUUUUGAGGAACAUAUUGUAAGUUUUUAUAUUUACUAUUUUGUAGGA